AUGGAGUACCACUGUACGCCACGCAGGUAUUGUAUCGGUUUAUUCUUCGGUUGCCAAAAAAUUCCAUUCUUUCAGCCUGUGUUGGCGUGUCGCCGAGUGGUUGUGGUCCUUGGACCGGAACGAACUGAUCAGAGAGGCGUCGCCGUCGCUUGCCAAGAACAACGGUUACUGUUUGACGCGUUUUUUCGCCCUGGCAACAGGGAGAGAAUCACACGGACCCAAAUUAGUUGUCUUGUCUUGCAUUACAACAGUCGGUUGGCCGCCGCACUCGCGAUGGCGUCGUUUUUGCGUCGUUUGCUACCGUCCAAGAAGAAGCGUCCCACCCGGAAAGACUCCAUCACCGGUCGAAAUCGAACUUUUGUGAGUCUCUACAUAUCCCACAGCGAAAAAAUGCGAGGAUCAUCGCCGUUUUUCUUUUUAAAAACCGCUGGUUCAAAGAUAGUCUUUGUUCGUCUAUCUGUUCGAUGAAAGUGUAAUGUUGAUGUUAAUUGAAGUCUGAACGGCGGAUAGAACUGUGGCCAACGGGGAAGGUCAUUAUCAGAUCAUCUUUCCCUGAAAUUGAGCCAAACUGCUCCAUUAAAUGUGGUUUCACAGAACUGAGUUUUUUACUCGAAUUGAAUACCGUAGUUUAAAAAGUUGUAUAGUCUGUGUGCCACGACGUGAAAUUUCACGGAAUGACAUUACGCUGUUGCGCUGCGUGCGUUCGCGAAGCGUAUUUCGAACCUAGGUUACGCUUUCAAUUGAUUGUUAUUGCUGUGGGAGCACAUGAAAGUAGAGUACCUUAAUAGAAGGAAAAAAUUAAAUGCGCGACCAAGGUUCGCAAAGGUGCGCAGCGGCACAGCGGAAUGUUGUUUGGUGAAAUUCCAAGUCGUGGUACACAAGCUAUAAAGGCUCCUAUAAUAUCUGAACUUCUACUUUUUUUUUCUGGCAUCCUGUGGUUAAGAUUCGCAAAAACCUACACGUUUACGACUCUGUUUUGUUUUUAUGAAAAGUUGAAAGCUGCAGGAAGUUCCCUAUCUCUCACGACUUGACGGUAACCAGUUGCAAGAUGGGCAGUCCCUUAUUGUCCGAGGAAUCAUCACUGGUCUGUUUUUCUAUUCUCCGUCAUUUUCCUUUAAAGAAGUUUAUAAACGCUACAAUUCAAGUUUAUAUUAAAUCUACAAGGUAGAUUGGCAAAGGUGAAGCGUUGCGUGUGCGACGCGGCUUUUGGCGGGAAGCUCAAGUUCAAAUUUAAUGGUGGAAAAAGUAGAAAAAAUUUUCGUUUUCAUUUUUUUAUACUUCUAUUCUUUCGAGAGAAUGUUUUCAAAACCAUAAAAAAACAGAAGAUACCAGAAAAAUGCCAAAAAAUGAGAAAAAACUUUCCCCGCCAAAAGCCGCGUCGUGUAUGCGCCCCGUCGCACAGACGCUUCAUCCUUGCCAAUCUGACCAUCUCGUCUUUCAUGUCGUGGUGGAUUGGCUAUAAUCUCAAAGAGGUAUGAUUUAGGCGAAGAAGGCUUCAUCGUCAACCUGACAAACGGGCCUCGGGUCGAGCUUCAGGAUAGCGAGGACGAGAGUGAGUCGACGACGGCCGCCGAAGACCUUGACGACCGUCUUCUGGCUCUUCGUUUCGACUUGCCCAAGGCACGCAUCUACUUCAACGCCUGUAUCAACGGCCAGUGGGGCAAGUUCGUUUUGUGUGUGCUCUUCCCAAACCUCUUAGAAUUCAUCUUCUAGGGAGGCGAACAUAAAACGGAAGUAUCGCAUUGGCGAUGAGUUUGACUUGCGGAUACGCUGUUUCGAAAAAUAUUUCGAGGUGAUUUUAGCUUAUUUUUAAUCGUUCUUUGAGUUGUUUGGGAAACUUAGGAAUUUUUGAGUGAUCCCUAAAGGGGCUUGGGGGGAAAAACAGGCCUUAUAGGGCCCGAAAAAAGUGGUCCCUAUAGGGAUUUAGCGUCUGACCACUUAAGCUUGCGUGCUUAAGUGGUCCCUACAGGGUCGUUCAUUUCAUUCAAAAAAGGUUAUUUUUUAGUUUUUCGCAUGGAAGUGCUUCUUCGAAUAGAGUUCAUCAAAAAACUAGCAUUUUCCCUAUAGGGACCACUUUUGCGAGCUUUAGGAGUGCCUAUAGAAGUUGGUAAAGUGGUCCCUAGAAGGGACCCUCUUAUGGUCCCUAAGGUUGCCCCUAUAGGGAUCACUCUGGAGUUCCUAAGAAAAAUCAUCCUUAUUUUUUUUUUGAAACCAAGUUCGACUUCUGUGCCUUUUUUCCAGAUCUUCGUGGAGCAUAAGCUGGUGGCCAACUUCAAACAUUACGUGCCCAUGAACUUCAUCUCCCAUGUGUAUGUGAAUGGACUCAUCCGACUCUACACGGUUUCCUGGGAAGGAAAAGUUUUUGUGCGUGAGAAUCUUUUUCAAGUGCCUCAACAGUUUUGCUUUCAGAACUUGCCGUAUUCGGCCGAAAUUCCAGGGAACUUCUUUGUAGGACGCAAGCUGUUUAUUUCUGGAAUGGUUGAGAAAAAAGCGAAAAGUUUUUCUUUCGCCUUUUUCGCCGGCGAAAAAGUUGCUUUUCUCUUCGAAUCCAAUUUCAUCAAAAAGGCUCGUUUUCUUGUGGUAAUAUGUCAAGUCAGCUCUGGUAGCAUAAGCAAAGUCGGAAGGGCCCUCCGAGGGUCCAUAAAGGCUGCUGGAAGCCCCCAGAGAAGUGUUCCUUUUAGGGGACCAAGGUUCCUUUUUUGCUGCCUUUUUGCGCCUUCUCAUCGGCUCUUAUGCAUCAUUUUUGCUGCCUUUUCCCUUUUCCACUAUUUCUAAAGCCUUCGAAAUCCCAGAAGAAAUGGAAGGCUUGAUAAAGGGACUCUUUCUGCAGCCUUUUUUGAGCCUCUCCCUUUUAACGGCCAUCAUCCAUCACAAUUUUCCCGAGUUAUUGCUUUUCCAUUAUUUCAAUGGGAAACACCAUUCAAUUUUACUAAAACACAAAAUUGACUGAAAAUCGAUAUAAAUGACCAACGGAGACGGAAGUUUUGGUGUGCCCUGGUGUGUGUUGUAAAGUUUUCUUUUACUCGCUGGAAAAAACCGAACUUUGAUUUUCUUCCAUUUUCACAGAAUCCUUUGCAGAAGACGUUCCGAAAAAGCCAGACUUCUGACUCGUGGAUCAGCGAGAAUUCUUCAGAAGACGGUGUUUUUCCAUUUAAAAGCGACCGGACAUUUGAUGUGCUCGUCUUUGCAGAAGAAGAUCGAUACCUGGUCAGUGAGGCCUCACCUAUCUCAAAUCUUCCCUUAGGUCUUUGUCAACGACGUCUUCUACAUCUCCUUCACUCAUAAACUGCCUCCAGCUUCUGUAGAUCGGAUGGAGAUCAAUGGCGACGUCAACAUUUUUGGAGUACAUCUCAAAUAA